CUCUUUUUGUUUUAAAUUCUCAUCUCAUUCCUCAUUUCUUAUUUCUCAUUUCUUCACCUCUCUUUCUCUCUCUUUCUCUCUGUCUUUCUUUAAAAGAAAAAGAAAAAAAAGAAAGACCCUUACAUCAUGGCAAAAGGUGAUAUCGCCACUCCUCCAGGCACAGGCUAUAUUGGAUGUCUGACCCCUGACCAGAAAGUCCUUCUCAAGCAGAUGUGGGCCCAGAUCUUGCAGCUCACUGAAGCUGGCAUUAUCGAGCCUUCUAAAGACCUUCCUUCCUCAGAUCCUGCUGCAGUGGGACGUAUCAGUCUAAAAGAUCUUGGACUUGACAAGGAACACCUCCGCCCUGCACUCUGGAACAAUAUCCUUGGUGAUCACCCUGAUUCUCUUCUCCUUCGUUUCCUUCGUGCACGCAAGUGGAAUGUGACCAAUGGCUUAAACAUGAUUCUCAAGGCAUUCAAGUGGCGUAUUGAGGAUGAUAUCGAAGAAGUCAAGGCAAAGAACGAGGACGAGCUCAGUGCCAAGUACCGCGGUUUCAAACUACAGUUGGAAAUGGGCAAAUCGUAUUUCCAUGGCACUGACAAGAUGGGACGACCUGUUGUCUAUAUUAAUGUUCGCUUACACAAGCCUGCAGAUCAGGAUCAAAAGGCACUGGAAAAGUUCACCAUCUACGUCAUGGAGACUGGUCGUUUGAUGAUCCAGCCCCCUGUCGAGACUGCCUGCUUGGUCUUUGAUAUGACUGGCUUUGGACUUUCCAACAUGGACUAUAACUUUGUAAAGUUCCUGGUCCAGUGCUUUGAAGCCUACUAUCCCGAAUCCCUUGGUAUCCUUAUAGUUCACAAGGCACCAUUAGUCUUUUGGGGUGUCUGGAAGGUGAUCGAGCCCUGGCUUGAUCCCGUGGUCGCUUCCAAGAUCCGGUUCACCCGUAGCGACAAGGAAUUGCUCGAGAUCAUUGACCCUAACCAUUUGCCAGCCAAGUAUGAUGGUGGUAAGGACAAUUUCACAUACAAGUAUGUGUCUCCUGUCCCUGGUGAGAACGAGUGCAUGAACGAUGCAGAGAUGAAGGACAAGCUGACGGAGGAAUGGAAGAGCAUCCUCUGGAAGUUUGAGGCCGUUACUCAGGAGUGGAUCCAGAGCGGCAAGACUGAGGGCGGAAGAUCCGAGGCUGAGAUUGAGCAGGAUCGUACACAGCUGGCUAGUGAAUUGAGAGUUGCGUAUUUCAAGUUGGACCCCUAUAUCCGUGCCAGAACUCUGUACCACCGUUCCGAAACCCCUGUUCUCCAGCGCGACGGAACUUCCACCUGGACUUAUAGUAAUUAAGACAAGGACUUUAUUUCUUUCAUUCUAGAGUGCUGGUUGUGAUCUGGUAGUGUAAAUAAAUAGACAUGAGCAAAAGAAAAAGAAAGAAGCUUCCCCAACUUGUUAAGG